AUGGCGCCCAUGGUCAAAGGAACGGCUUUCAUCACUGGUGGAGCAUCCGGUAUCGGCAAGAGCACUGCAAUCGCCUUCGCGCAGAAUGGCAUCAGCGCAUUGGCUCUGGUCGACUUGGAUGCAUCACUUCUGGAAGCGACCCGUGAUGAAAUUCGGGCUCAAUUCCCCCUUGUCGCUGUUGAGAUUUUUGCAGUCAAUGUCGCAGGUGAAGCAUCUGUCGAAGCAGUAAUCACCAAAGUAGUGGAUCAAUUUGGUGGUAUAGAAAUUGGUAUCAACUGCGCUGGUAUUAGUGGCACACCCACCCCAACCCAUCUGAUGUCCCUGGUUGAGUGGCAGAAGGUGAUCGAUGUCAACCAAACCGGAGUGUGGCUUUGUCAAAGGGCUCUUAUCCGGCAGAUGUUGAAGCAAGAACCGCGUGGUGUCCGCGAAGGUCGUGGGGUUAUUGUCAACGUUUCGUCGAUGUUUGGGGUUGGCGGUCCUCCGGGUCCUUUUAGCAUUCCGCACUAUACGGCAGCCAAACAUGCGGUGGUCGGUGUCACAAAAAUGGAUGCCAAGGCGUAUGCCCGAGAAGGAGUUCGCAUCAAUGCCAUUUGCCCGGGAUUCGUUGACACCCCUAUUAUCGGUGAACAGAUCAAAUCCGGUGCAAUGAAUCCUCAAUUCGAAUUGACGCCCAUUGGACGUCCGGCACAUGUGGAGGAGAUAUCCGAUGCGCUACUUUUCCUAUCAUCCACAAUGAGCAGUUACAUGUGCGGUGCAGCACUGGUGGUUGAUGGGGGUUAUACUGUUUAG